AUGCGUUCAUUCAUCGCUUCCUUCCUCAUUGCUGGCACCGCUGCCAUUGCCACUGUCGAUGAUUUCACAAGCUGUGCCUACACGUAUAAUAACAGUCAAGACAAAGCCCUAACGUCCCGCCAGACCGCCACUCUCAAAGUCGUAGGAUGCGAGGCCUCCGACGCAGCAUGCUUCUGCUCCAAAGUCAACAGCAUCAAUCAGCUAUCCGACACCGCCGCAGCAGCUUGUGGCGCCGCCGGCCUAGACGUGAAAGACCUAGAGACAGCCCUCUGCUCAACCACAAGCCGUGUCGCAGCCCCAUUCCGCCACGCCAGCAAACCAAUGGAGCUAGCUUCCGUGAAUGUCAAACGCGCCUACGCCCCUGAAUCUGGCGACAUCGCUAUGGACCGCGUUGUAUACGUAACCGCAACCCACACCGAGUACGCUUGCGCCAGCACCCCUGUCGCCGAGAUGCCCAAUGCCUCUUCGCCUGUGGGUUCUCACUCGCACGUCGCCAUGAUGGGUGCUUCAUCUCCUACGCCCGUUUGGUCUGAAUCUGCUGCUCCUUCAUCCUGGUCUGAGUCUGCUGCUCCUUCAUCUUGGUCUGAGUCUGCUGCUCCUUCAUCUUGGUCUGAAUCUGCUGCUCCUUCAUCUUGGUCUGAAUCUGCUGCUCCUUCAUCCUGGUCCGAAUCCGCUGCUCCUUCAUCUUGGUCUGAAUCUUCGCCUGCGGCUUCUAACUCACGCGUUGCUAUGAUUGGUGCUUCAUCUCCUACGCCCGUUUGGUCUGAAUCUGCUGCUGCUCCUUCAUCCUGGUCUGAUUCUGCUGCUCCCUCAUCCUGGUCUGAUUCUGCUACUCCUUCAUCCUGGUCUGAUUCUGCUGCUCCUUCAUCUUGGUCUGCUUCACCUUCGGCCCCUGCUUGGUCUCACGGUUUGAUGGGAACACCCUCUGCCUCUGUGCGCUUCGCUCCUAAGUUGUCGGCCUACCCUACUCCUUCUGGGGCUAGUGCCAACCGCUUCAACACUUUCAAGGGCGCUGCUCCUCAGGUCAGCGCUGCGUACAGCGGUGUUGUUGCUGUCGGUGUUGCGGCUGUUAUGGGUCUGAUGAUUGUCUGGUAA